AUGAAACCAACAAAUACAGUUAGCAUGAAUCAGAACUCAAGUUUGGAUGCUUUGACCAAUGAUCAUCAUCAUGUAUCUGUCCGUUCCAGUCAGUGUGGAGUUGCCCCAGAGAAGCAUGUUACACAAAAUGCAGAGACAAAACUUGAAACUGGAAAGGCUGAAAAGCGCAAAUACAAACGCAAAAGGGAGAUGAAUUUGCCUCGGCGUGCUUCAAAUCGUCUUGCUGGAAUUAAGGCUGAUCCAGUUCAAGAUCUUGAAACAAUAUAUGGAACAAGACGAGUUGCUAAGAAGCGUAAGGGAAAAUUUUAUUUUUUACCUUGCGAGUUCCGACGUACGUUUGAAGAAUACUCUUUUGCCCAGCCGCUUGACGAGCUACUAUCAGAGCCAUGUAUUAAAUUUGCAGUAGAAACUCUCACCGGAGUAAAGCUUGAAAAAUAUUAUUCCCACACGCCUUCUCAAGUCCUGCACAAUAGUGAUGCUGGAGAAGAGGGGUGCAAGAAAGUGUUAUUACUUCCAGAAAACCAAUAUGCUGCUACUGCUGAAAUUGGUGAAAUUGGUAAAGGGAAAGAGAAUUCCGGAGUUUCUUCUGAAAUGCCACUUUAUGCUUCUUUUAUGGAUCCGCGUGUAGAAUAUUCAAUACAAACUCAGCACUAUCCCUUUAGACACUAUCUUUAA